AUGAUACAGGAAAGAAGAAGGCGAAAACCUAAGAGUGAGUCCGACAUCAUCUUCGAAGAUAUGAUUGACAGUAAUAAAUCCAACAAGGCUGUCCCAGUGAGACUACAAUGUCGGAAAUUAAUAGAGUCACCAAAGUGUAGAUUCCCUGUUGACCUGAUCAAUGGAACCUUGACAUGAAUAAUCUCUGCAUUCUAUUUCUAUUCUACCUAUGAACCGCACAGAUUUGAGAAAGGUCAAUUCGACUGGUUCAACUACUUUUCAUUCCUAAGCCAUUUCUACCUAUUCAUAGAAUUCAUCCUAAGGAUGUAUGUAUGCAAGGAUAUAAUGGCUUCUCUGCUGUCAAUGGGAAGUUUCCUAGAUUUCAUGACUACGUUCCCCUAUAUUGUAGUGCAUCUAAGCUACGGGAUCACCAGCAAUGACUAUGACAAUGCUGCCGUGUCCCUUACAAAGAUGUUUGACACCUGGAGACUGUUCUCUCUGUACAAGUUCUUAAAAUACGUUGAAGACGAGGAUAAUAGGAAACUGCUUAAUAAUUGCCACACCAUUUUCUGCUUGGUGAUUUGUUAUUCGGCGCUACUGGAUGUAGUGGAGGAUCCUAACCAGCCAUACCACCACACGUUCUUCUUCGUCAUGACCACCAUCAGUAUCAUUGGGUAUGGGCACGGCAUGAUCUCUACAGGUGUCAGGAUAACUAUCAUUUGAUUAAUUAUCUGUGGAAUAAUCAUAGUGCCGUCCAAAGCGGGAGAAAUUGUCAAUCUGAUAUCAAAGAAGAGCGCUUACGCUGAUUAUAAGUACAAAAUUAUUUCUAAAGUUCCCCAUGUGGUCAUAAUCGGGAGUGUUAAUUCUAAGAAUGCCAUCAAUUUCUUCGAUGAAUACUUCCAUUCAGACCACGGAAAGGAUGAAACCAGGCAUUGUAUCAUAAUUAAAUCGACCAGGCCGGAUAAAUAAAAUGGAGAGUUUAAUCAGAAAUGAUAAAUAUCUGUCCAAAGUUCAUUAUAUUGAGGGCAAUCCUCACGAAAAGAAGACCUUCAAUAGGGCUAGGCUAGAUAAAGCUACUCAUGUAGUGGUAAUGAGCAAUAUACUUACCUCAGACCCUGCCAAGGAGGAUGCUAAUACAAUCUUGCAAGCAAUGGUUUUGAAGAAGUACCUUAAACAACAUGAGCAUUCUAAGUGUCAGUUGAGACUUCAGCUGCUCAAGCCAGAAAGCAUUAUGCACUAUGAACUUUCUCUAAACAAAGAGACCAAGAAUGAUCAAAUUGUCUGAAUCGAGAAUUUAAAACUCAGCUUGUUAGCAAAAAGCUGUACUACUCCAGGCUUAAUUUCCCUAAUAUCUAACCUGAUAAAGUCCUGUGAUGACCCUCCUGAAAGAAACAAGCUACCUAAGGAAAGAGAGUGGGAGUGGCUCACAGAAUAUUGGCAAGGCAAAUCCCAUGAGAUCUACCGUGUGUUGAUCCCUAAGGCUACACUUAGCAAGAACUUCAAUGAGUUAUCCAACUACAUCUACAAAACAUACAAAAAUAUCCUAUUUGCAAUUGAAAUUGUAGAGAUGGACAAGGAAAGUGGACCAAUCGUUCUAAACCCGGGGACUUUUAACCACCAAAUCUUGGUUACCUCAAAGGCUAACUUCAGGUACUACGGUUAUAUCAUCGCUGACAGCCUCGAAGAAGCUGAGAAGAUAUUUAAUGUAGCUGAUGCUAUCAAUAAUGAGGAGGCUGAUAUGUACCUCAACCUUGGCCAUAUUGACGACCAACUGAGAAAGCAAGACAGCGACAGAAGAAUCCUCGACCCCAAGUACGAAUCAAUCAACAUCUCAGAAGAGAGUGAUGCAUACGAAAUGGAAGAGGAAGAGGAAAAUGAGCUCGAUGUUGAAAACCUCGAAGGAGACUGGGUUCACUUCUGUCAUCUUACUCAGAGCCCUGUUAAAUUUGAAGACAUUAAGUUCCCAACACUAAAAGAUUCCAAACUGGCUAAAGACCAUAUCAUUAUCUGUGGAAUCGUUGAAAAUAUUAGAGGGUUUGUAAUUCCUCUGAGGACUCUCCAUAUCCGAAAUCUCUCACCAAUUGUAAUAUUCAAUGAAGAAGAGCCAAGUCAACAGCUGUGGUCUCAGCUUUCAAGGUUUCCUCAGAUCUACUUUGUCAGAGGCUCAGCUCUCAAAGAGUCUGAUUUGGAUAGGAUUAACCUCGAGGAUGCCAAGCAAGUGGUGAUUUUGUCUCCAAUGCUCGGAACCAAGAAGACAAAUGAGUCAUAUUCCAAUAUAGGGAAAAGUAAAAAGCCUAAACAAACUCAAAUAGAGACUGAAGACUCCAUGCUCAAAGAAGACAACAAAGAUGAAGAUGCUAUCAAGGAGAAGAAGGAAAAAGAGGAAGAAAAUUUAAUGGACGCUCAAACAAUUUUUAAGUAUAAUAUCAUCAAGAAAAGACACAACAGCGUAAAGAUCAUCACUGAGUUGUACAGCCAUGAAAAUCUCGCCUAUCUUGACGACCCGACUAUUUAUCAUGUGAUGAAUGAUUACGGCUAUGAUCAGACACCUACUUUCGCUGCUGGCCAAGUUUACUCAUCAAGCUUGAUGGACUCCUUAGUCUGCCAAGCAUGCUACAACUCUGCUUUAAUUACAGUCUUAAGGCAGCUAGUCAUAGGAGAAGCCAGGAAAUCAUUCCAAAAGAAGAACAUGAUGAUCUUCGGAAAGGAGUUCAACAAGAUCAAGUCCAGCAAUCUUUAUCACGUUAAGGUACCCUCAAACCUUGUUGGAGAGAACUUUGGGACUCUAUAUAAAGAGUUUGCACUUGAGAAGCAGAUGAUACCUCUUGGACUGUAUAGAACUGACAUCAUAAUUAAAGAAAAAGAGCAGAAAUAGCAUCAAUUAUGUCGUUACGAACCCUGCAUAUGACUCUCCAUUACGAGACAGCGACUAUGUAUUUGUAUUAUGUCAUGACGACCCAGAGGAAAUUAAGAUCACAGAGAAUGAUGCUAUAGAUAUAGAAGAAGAUCUUAUAAUGCUUCCUAAGAACACUUCAAUGUCUCAAAAGAAGAAUCUCUACAAUUCUACAAAGAGUAACCCUUCCCGCAAGGUUUCUCAGACUGAGAAAGCCUUGUUGAGGAAAGCAGAAGCUGCUUCUCUAAACCCAAAUUCAAGCUCAUUGAACUCUAAUAAUCCUCGCCCAGCUUUUACAACGAACAAUAAUUUUUACGCUAAGAAGGCAAAGCAGGAAUUCUUGGAAGAACUGGGCCAGCUUCAGACACAGAUUAGCAGGAUGAUGACUGACAUAGUUUCCAUUCAUAAAGAUCUUAAUAAGAAGAGCACCUACAUGAUCAAGGAUAUAUCAGAGGAUCUGGAACAAGUCAUGGAGAAAGUACUUGGCAAUGGCAUGUAGAGGUUUGAGCUUUAGUAGCACAUGAUCUCGAGGAACCUCUAUGUGUGAUACACUAUACCUCCUCAACUCCAUCCUUGAAAGUACUAGGGAUUUUGAGCUUCCUUGGAAUUCUAGAGACAAGGUGAGUUGGUGAACACAUGCUCAAGAAGAGCCAAGAUGUAUCUUGCCAAUCAAGAGGUACUCAUACUCAAUUUUCAAUAUAUAUAUAAUCAUGG